UUUACGCGAAACGUAGUUCUUUGUUAGAACGAUGGAAAUAAUUUAGAAAAAUGUCGCUUUAAUCGAGUUUUCCAUUUAAAAUGGGCUCCGUUCGGUAUAAAAUUUCGUUCUAAAGAUACGUAACGAUGGCAGGAACGUACUCGCGACUGGUAUAAGUUUGUUAUUAUUUUGUUGUUUGUACAGAGCGGAUGUAUACAUAUUAACCUUCCAUCCUAACCUCCUUUCAUUUCGUGUUGGGCCAACAACAACCGAUCUACUAAUACGUGAAUGUGAGAAAAUAAUAUAAUAUUAUUAUAUUUUUAGUAAAUGUUUUUGUGUAUUUCGCCUUUUUUGUUUUCGUGUGUAAAGUUUUCAUAUUUUUUUCCCCCAUUUUCUCUCGUGUAGUAAAAAAAGUAACGUAAAUGAAAAUAGUGUUGUAAAGUUUUAUUUGAAAAAAAAAAAAUCACGAUGGUGUAUGUUAUUCGGAUGUUGGCGUUUGUGAAUAUGUUCGCGUUUAAUUCGCAUCGUAGUCGUAGUGGUGAAUAUAAUAUUAAGUGAUGUUACAAGUAUGUUUUUUAGUGAAGUGGUUCGCACACAGUUUCGGUGUAACGUAAACAAACGCUGGAUGUAUUUGAAAAAGCGGUUAUGUGACUGCUUUGGCAGCCGUUGCCUCGUCGGGUAAGAUGGCUGCGACGCAAGCUGAAUCUUCUUCGCAGUUAAAUGAUACAAAUCGCGAACAUUUACAACUACUACACGUCGAUAAACAGCAACCAUCCGAGAUAGUAGGUAACAGUACUUUCCAAAAUGGCACCGAUAAAAAUGCUGCGGCUAAAUCGGCCAACAACGUAGUCGCUUCCGAAGUACAAGUAUCCGGCGGUAAAGUGAAAUUCUCGACGCAUUAUUCUUCGGCAUCGGCAGCGCCAGCGCCAGAUAUGAGCCAAUAUAGGCAAGAUUCGAAUUGCGGCCCGCCAAUGCAUAAUGAACAAAUCAACGACGAUUGCGCCACCGCCAACAAGUUGAACGCCGAGAAAGCCUAUCUGCAAUGUAUCGAUAACGGAAACGAAAUUAAUUAUAAUAAAGGGUUACCAGAACCGAACGCUGCGGCGGCGGCGGCCGCAGCCGCAGCCGCGUCCAACGUUCAACAGAAUUACAAUAUGCAGUAUUCGGCUAGAAAUUACAUAGGUCAUCCGGAUCAUGGCGGUGGCGGUGGCGUUGGACCGCCUCAACAACAAAUGAAUAGCUCAGAUCCGGCGGCGGCGGCGGCCGCAGCAGCUGCGGCGGCUGCUAAUACCAAUACUAAUAACAUACAUGGCGGCGGUGGAGGAGCCGGACCACCUAAUCAGUACGCUAUGAGACAUAAUUACCCUAAUUCUAAACCGAUGCCGCCCGGAUCGAGACCUAUGCAACCUCCCCAUAUGAACGCACACGCUGUCAAUUUCAAUCCCCAUAGUCAUCCGCAAAGGUUCAUGUCCGGCCAGAGUAUAUCGCAACAAAUGGGCCCAACUCCUACCCUAAAUCAACUCCUACAGUCCUCGAACCCGGUGCACAGAUAUCAGAAUAAUUACGCCGAGUACCCGAAUCAGAAACCAGACUCGCAAGCUCCGUUCAACCAUGCCUGGAAUACCAGACCUAUGCCUCCGUACAUGAAUCAACAAAGCCCUGGACCAUAUCGGGCUCAAAUGCCGCAGCAACAGAACGCAUCCGUACGCUGCAACACGCCCGGACCCGGGGGACCAGGUCCGGGAGGCGGCGGUGGCGGCCCGUACCCGUCUCAACCUCCACCAGGCGCUUCGGGGCCGCCACCGGCCGGCAGUUACCCGUCACACCCGCCGGCACCAUCGUCACCGUCGUCUCAUCAAGGCCCACCAUCGGGACCGCCGGGACCACCGGUGGUCGGUGGUGGUCCUCCGCCGCCCGGCCCGCAACCGCCUCCAGGAAGCUCUCAGCAACCUGGAGGACCACCGGGACCGCCUCCUCCGCAACAGUAUCAACCGUAUCCGGGUCAACGGUAUCCGGUGCCGCCGGGUGGUCCGCCUCAGCAAGCGCCGCCGGUUCGGGUGCCCGCGUAUCCGGCUCCGCAUCAUCAGAUGGGAUCACAUUACGGGCCGAUGAGCCAAGGACCAAAUAUGCAAGCGACUGGUUCGCCUUACGCGCCUCCUAGCGAUCAAAGGUUACCGUGGUCUCCGAUGCCACCGCAACAGCAACAGCCACCCGGACCACCGCAACAGCCGGGUGCCGGUGGUCCGCCGAUGCCACCCGGCCACCAACAACCGCCGGGGCCGCCACCGCCCGGCGGUCAGCCGGGUCUACCGCCUAUGCAACAACAACAGCCCCAACCGGGACCACCGGGAGGGCCGCCUUCGCAACAGCAACCGCCACCCGGUGGUCCUCCGCCUCCCGGCCAACAACAGCAACACGGCGGGCCGCCGCCGCCUCAUUCGAAUUCGCAAUCGCCUCAGCAUCCCCCCCAGCAACCAGCCCCCUCACAUAUUCCACCGAAUAGUCCGGUGCCUCCGGCGCCGUCGACGCCGACUCCGCACUCGGCUUCGUCGACGCCGCAACAGCAUUCGCCCCAGUCGGCGUUAACGUCGCCCCAGUCCGCGCAUCCUGAAGCGUCGCCGCAGCAAACGCAUCAGCCGCAGCAGUCGCCGCAGCAUACGUCUCAGUCUUUCGGCAGCAGCAGACCAAAUUUAACGUCAACCACACCCGAACCAGGGGACUUGACGAGUCAGAAUAGCAAUGAUAGCUCCAGCGGUGGUGGGCCUCAGGCCAUGAGACCAACUCCUUCACCAACUGGCUCUACUGGAUCUCGGUCUAUGUCACCUGCUAUAGGUCAACAAAACAUUCCAAUGCCUCCUCGACCCUCAAGCGGCCAAUCUGAUAGCGGCUCGACGAGUAGCCAAUCGCGGUUAAGUCAUUCCCCAAUGGCACCUACCCAAGGAGGUUAUCAACAACCGUUAGGGCCUCCUCCUCAUAUGCAUAAUUAUAAGAUGGGCUCGGCAGGUCCGCAAGGUCCGCUGCAUCCCGGUACAAUGAUUCCUAAUCCAUCGGGCGGACCGCCUUAUUCGCAGAUACCACCUCAUCAACCGUUUAAUCAGCAAGGCGCUUACCCAGGUCCAGGCCGAGGCGUACAAAGUAUGCCGCCGUAUCACCAAGGCUACGGCAUGCAGCAACCGGGAGCCGGUAGUCAUAGUCAGUAUCCGGCACGACCGAUGCCGAAUCACGUACCGCACUCACAAUUUCCCGGAUUUCAAGGUUGGCCACCACCAAACGUCAGCGUUACCGGUCCUUCUCAAAUGAGCAGUCCGGGCACACCGUCUCCUACCAAUCACAUGCCAUCGGCCGGGCCACCAGGAAAAGGCGUACCGCCACCCGCGUCUUCGCCCCAGCAGCAGCAACAGCAACAACAACAGCAGCAACAGCCGCCGCCGCCAUCGCAGCAACAACAACAACAAUCUCAACCAUCUCAGGGCCCCGGCGGACCGGGUCAUCCGGGACCGCCAAACCAGCAUCAUCCGAUGCAUCAUAUGCAUCCGCAGCAGCAGCCACCGGGCGGCGGACCACCUCAGCCGUCGCAGUCGCCGCAGCUGCAGCAGCAACCUCCACCGCAGUCGCCUCAAAUGGGUCAGAAUUGCUCGCCCGGGUCGCGAUCGCAUACGCCGCCUCAGUAUCUGAAACAGCAUUUACAGCAUAAGGUAGGAUUUAACAAUAACAGCGGCAUGCCACCUAGUCCUGGACCACCUCCUGGCAUGUACGGUAAUAGUUCACCAAGUCCUGGUAUGGGUCCGCCGCACCAUCAUCCGAUGGGCCCACCAAUACCGGCCGGACCCGGACACCAUCAUAUGGGCGGGCCUGGCGCCAUGGCGCAUAUGAUGCCGCCGCACAGUAAUAGUCAUCACGAUAGUCCAAUGCCGCCUCCUUCGUCUACACCUAAUUCUCACCCGUUGCCUACGCCGUCGAUACAAAGCGAUUCAUCAGCCGGAGGUAUGGACGGUAUGCACCAUGAUGGCAGCGGUGCUCCUUUAACCACUAUGGCUUCUGGAAAUAUGACGAACGUUAGCCAAAUAAAUUCAGGCGGAAUCACAUCCGUAGUGACCACCGGUCCCGAUGGCGCACCUAUUGACGAAGCUAGCCAACAGUCGACGUUAUCUAAUACCUCAGCUGCAUCGGGCGAAGACCCAAGUUCAACACCAAAGAGAAAAGAAUCGGGUAUGAGUAUGAUGGGUCCGAUGAGCGGAUACCUAGGACACGGACAUUCUCAGGGUCCGGUACCUCCGUGUUCUCCUAGCAUGAAUUCGAUGCACGACGAUUAUCCGCCCGAAGGAAACGCGCCGUGGUCGAGAACGCCUUCGAGUCCGGUAUUUAAUAGCCAUAUGUCACAGGAUAUUUACAGAUCAAAGAAGAACGACAGUCUGGGAAAACUGUACGAAAUGGACGAUCAUCCGGAUCGACGAGCUUGGCUGGAUAAGCUGCUACAUUUCAUGGAAGAACGUAAUACAGCUAUAACGACGUGCCCGUCCAUCUCCAAGAACCCUCUCGAUUUAUUCAGAUUGUAUAUGUACGUGAAGGACAGAGGGGGCUUCAUGGAGGUAUGCAAGGUAACGAAGAAUAAAAUCUGGAAAGAUAUAGCCGCUUUGUUGAACAUCGGAGCGUCUUCGAGCGCCGCGUACACGUUACGUAAACAUUAUACGAAAAGCCUGCUGCCAUUCGAAUGUCAUUUCGAUCGAGGCGGUGUCGAUCCGCAACCUUUAAUUAAUCAAGUCGAAUCGUCUACGAAGAAAAAGAACGCGAAAAACGCUUCGGUUCCGUCACCAGGUACGGGAUCUUCCAAUUCGCAAGACUCGUUUCCUUCGGGAUCCGGUGCCGGUAUGGACGGGUACGGUGGAUAUGGUGGAUACGCUAAUGAAUACGCUAAUCAGAGAGGUCCGCCUCAGAUGCAGAGUAAUCAAGGUAUGUCUUCGCAACCUGGAGCUUACCAAAGUCAACCAGGUUACAACCAGUAUCCGCCGACCGAUCAGUACGGGCAGCAGUAUAUGGGUGGCGGACCGUAUCCGCAAUCCAGACCUAUGUAUCCGGUCUACCCACCGGAUGCUGAAAGAGGGUACAGUCAAAGCGGCGGCAGCAACUCGAUGGGUGGUCCCGGAACGCCGGGCGGUCCUCCGCAGCAACAGUCAGCGCCUAGUCCAGCCGUGUCGUCCGGUCCGGGCCCCGGUGGCUCGGAUCCGUACAGCAGAUCUCCAUACGGCCAACCGAUGUACCAUCCGGCUCGACCACCGUUCACCGGCGGUCCCGGCGGACCACCUGGUAUGCCGCAACAACCACCCGGUAUGCCGCCUCAACAGCAACAGCAACAACAACAACAGCAGCAGCAGCAACAACAGCAACAGCAGCAGCAGCAGCAGCCGUCGUCGAUGCCACCCGGUUCUUCGGCCGGCGGUCCGGGAGUCGUACCAGGUCCCGGGCAAACGCCAAAUAGUCACGUUGUACCGUCUCCUCCGCGACCGGAUUCGCAACCUUCGCCCAGUCCGUAUCCGCCUUCGCCGCAGCAGCCGGGCGGACCGGGAGCACCACCUCAGCAACCCGGCGGUCCGCCCAGUCAGCCGCAUAUGGCCCAACAGCAAGGACCACCGGGUUCGGGACCGCCUCAGGCGUCUCAAACCUCGCAGCCGCCUCAACCGGUUACGUCGCAGCAACAACAACAGCAGCAAGUACCUCCGUCGCAAUCUCCUCAUCACGAGUUUUAUAGGCCGGAUCAGCAGUACAUGAAUCAAAACCAAAUACCGUCGACGGGCGGAGCCUCCGGGUAUCCGGGAGCCGGAGUGCCCAACAAAGGUAUGCCCCCUCCGCCGGUGCAGCAAUCGCGUCGACAUCCGGAUUUCGCGAAAGACUCGCAACAAUCGCCGCCUCCGCAGUCGUACUCGCCGUACAACAACCAACAGCAGCAGCAGCCCAGACCACCGAUGUUUGCCGGCUGGCCCAACGAUAGCGCCAAUCGUAACCAGUAUCCGAGAGGUCCGUAUCCAGGGGCGGCGCAGGCCAACGUGCCGCCCAACGCUCCGCCGCAGCAGUGGGGCCAAGCACCGAUGCCCCGAGCGCCGGUACCGCCGAAUGCGCAGCCACCGCCGAACGCCCAGUGGGAGCAGCACAGGUAUCCGCCUAAUGCGCAGCAGCAGUCGUUUCCACCGCCUCAGCCGGGUCAAUGGAAUAUGCAGUCGAGUGGACCUAUGGUGCCGAAUUCCAACUUGAGACCGCCUGUUAGAGGAGCUAAUUUCCGUGAUAAAUCGUUUCCACCUAUACCACAACAAGCUCAAGCGGUAAAACCUGUACCAGCUGGCCCGGUACUACCGCCGCAACAGCAACCACCUCCUACGCCGGUUCCGGCAUCGGUGGUGGCUCCGCCGCAGACGGCGGUCCAACCGACGUUCGCGGCAGCAUCUCCGGUGGCGGCGGCGGCCGUCCUAAAACGCGAACCGGUCUAUCCGGCCGAUAGCGUCGAGGCUGUGACUCCGUUACUCUACAAACGUAAACGUCUAACGAAGAACGACGUGGCGCCGGUGGACGCGUGGAAGCUUAUGAUGAGCUUGCGAAGCGGCCUUCUCGGCGAAACGUGUUGGGCACUCGAUGUGCUGAACAUUCUACUGUACGACGACACUGGUGUGCAAUAUUUCGGUCUAGCUCACCUGCCCGGUUUGCUGGAUAUCCUGCUGGAGCACUUUAAUCGCAGCCUCACCGAUAUGCUGGAGGAUUCGGCGAAUCGCUGCAGCGAACGUAAAUGGUACGAGAAACCGUACAGCGAGAGCGGCGAGCCGGAUCUGGGACGUGUUACCGAAUCCAUCGACGAAAAGGAUCGUUUACCUUUGAGAACCAAAUUACCAGACUAUACGCUCAAGUCGAGACGCGGAUCUCCGGUCGCCAUCGUGGACGGAUCGCAAGAUUUAUUCGUCAAGAACGGUCCCAGAUGCUGGGAAGACGGUUAUAUUAAGAUCGAAGAUGUAGUCGAACCCGACUCCAGAUACAUAGUAUCGUGCUUUCGAAGCGAAUUCGGUAUCGUACCGUUCGCUCGCCUAAUACCCGAAGUUAAUAGUAAAAAUAAGAAACGUAAAACCGAUACCAAUACAGAUAGCGAUAUCAAUCAUCGAACGAAAACCACCAGCCAGGCAACGACGCUGCUGCAAACGCCCAAAUUAGAACCUAAGAGCGAACCUAGAGAUUGUUCGAAUACCAACGGUGACCUAGCGUCGCCAACGACGACGAAGACGUCGACGGAGCAGCAAUCGUCGCCGCCGAAAAUUAAAACCGAACCGGAAACGACGACGACGACGAAUAAAGACGAACCUAUGGAAGUAGACGACGAUACGUCUGUUGUUAGUAAAACCGAACCGUCGUCCGAUGAUGCGACGACGACGACGACGACGAUCCCGAAAACCGAACCAAUGGACACGGACGAAUCGCAGCCUGAUAAAAUCAACGGUCACGAUACGACCAGUAGUAACGACGCUGCCGAAGAAGACGACGCCGCAGCAGCAGCUAGCAGAAAAACGACAACGACGACGACGACGACUACGGUAAAACCAUCAUCGUCCGAAGAAGACUCGACGACAACGGCAGCGGCAGACAGUAAUCGAGACGAUCUCGAAUUGAAGCUAAGCGAAAACAAGUGCAAACUGUACGAUCCGAUGGGUACGUUGAAACGGCGCAAGCUAUCGCAAUACGAAGACGAAUGCUAUACGCGAGACGAAGCCAGCCUCUACCUGGUCACCGAUACUCAAGACUCGAUAGCCCGACGAUGCAUCUGCCUAUCGACCAUCCUGCGUAACCUAACUUUCAUACCGGGCAACGAAUACGAAUUCUCGAAAAACUCGCGCUACCUAGCGCUGAUGGGUAAACUGCUGCUGAUCCAUCACGAGCAUCCGCUGCGAACGCAAAAACAGCAGAACUACGAUCGCGAAGACGACACCGAUUUCAGCGACUGCUGCUCCAGUCUGCAAGGCGAAUCCGAAUGGUGGUGGGAUUUCCUGCAUCAGAUACGCGAAAACGUGCUCGUGUCGAUAGCGAAUAUCGCCGGAUACGUGGACCUGUCCAAUUACCUGGAGGAGGUGAGCCGGCCCAUUUUGGACGGAUUGCUGCACUGGGCCGUGUGUCCGGCCGCCCAAGGCCAGGAUCCGUUCGCGACGGCGGCGUCGCUGUCGCCGCAGAAGCUGGCUCUGGAAGCGCUGUGCAAGCUGUGCGUGACCGACGCCAACGUAGAUCUCGUUAUCGCCACGCCGCCGUACUCGCGGCUGGAGAAGUUGACCAGCGUGUUGACCAGACUGCUGUGUAGGAGCGAAGAACAGGUACUGAGGGAGUUCGCCAUCAACCUAUUACACUACUUAGCGGCGGCCGAAAGCAGCAUGGCGCGAAUCAUCGCGCUGCACAGUCCGUGUAUCUCGUUAUUGGUAGCAUUUAUCGAACAAGCCGAACAAAGCGCCCUGGGCGUCGCCAACCAGCACGGCAUCGGCGCAUUACGCGAUAAUCCCGAAUCGAUGGGCACUAGUCUAGAUAUGCUGAGGCGAGCCGCGCGAACGCUGCUGCAUCUAUCUCGGCAUCCGGAUAAUAAACCAUUGUUCCUACAACAAGAGCAACGUCUGUUAGCUCUGGUCAUGAGCCAAAUAUUAGAUCAACAAGUAGCCGGAAUUAUAUCUCAAGUCUUAUACCAGUGUUCAAGAACAUCUUCGUCGCCGCCAACGUCGUCUUACUACGCCAGUUAACGUCGUUAUAAUCGUCGCAAUUCUUUUUUUCAUUUUUUAUUUAACAUGUAUUUAAUGAUACUAUUUAUGAAUUUUUAUUUUCUUUUCUCUUUUUUUCGUUUCGUUUCGUUUCGUUUCGUUCGUUCGUUUGUUUUUUUCUCUCCUCCUCCCCCCGCCCUUACCCCCUGCCCCUUGCCCCCUCCCCAUCUGUCUUUUUUUUGUACAAAUUAUCGAAUUUUUUUAUGUUUUAAGUCACCUUCCGCUAUUUUUAUCGGCUAUUUUUUAACGUUUAUUUUAUACUUUUUUGUACUAUACGAAAACAAAAGCAACAAAAAAAAAAAAAGGAAAAUUGAUAGGAAAAAAUCGAUUUUUAAAGUUGAUGUUGAUAAUGUUUUUUUUUUUUAUCAAAUAAUGCUGUUAUACGAUUUAAUAUAAAUACCUAAUAUUUAUGAAAAAUUCGUGUUUUUUUCGAUUUUUUUCUUCAUUACUUUUUACUCUCGUUUCGUAUCGAGGACGAUGUUACGUUUUUUUCUUUUUUUUUUGUUCAUUUGUUGGAAAAAAAAAUGAAGCUGAAUAAUAAAAGGCGGUCGAUGAUAGGUUUACGUUUCGAUACCUACCUAAACUAGAGAUCCACCAUCUACGUACCUACCUACCUGAAAAAAAAAUACCCUGCCCUGCCACCUUGCGCGAAAUGAUAUUAUUAUUAUAUUAUUGAACGAACCCUCUUUUUAUUUACAUUCUUGUCACCCAUAUAAAUAAAUUUUUUUGUAUACAUUUUAAAUAUUCGUGUACAGAUUUUAUUAUUUGUGUAAAAAAAAAUUUAGAUUUGUAUUGAAUUUUACAAUUUAUUAUCGAUGUAAUAUGAUGUUUUUUUUCUCUUAUUUUUUUUUCGUUGAUGUUUGAAAAUAUUGUGUAUUUAAAAAAAAAAAAAUCUCAAACAAUGAGACUGACAGUGUGAUGUCAUGUACAUUUAAUAUAUGAUAUAUAAAAAUGUGUAUAUUCUAAAGAAUAUAAAACGCGCGCGAUGACGAAAAAAAAAUUUUAGAUAAAGGCCAAAAAAUGAAAAUUAUGGUAAUGUGUAUAAUGUGGAAUUUUUUUCUCGUUUUUAUUUUCGUUUUUCGUUUUAUUAUUUUUCUAUUUAUUUAUUUCAAUUUUUUUUUUCUCUUUCUUGGUUUAUAUACCUGAAUAUUUAUUGACGCGUACGCGGUGCGGCGACGUACGCGGGAUAAACGAUCGUGUUUUCUUUUUGUUUCUUCUUCUUUUAUCGACGACAUCAAUUACGAAUUUAAAUAUUAAAUGUACUUUAUAAAGUGUGAUAUAAUCCAAACUCCUUAUGUUAAAGAUACUUAAAUUUAUUAUUAUUAGUGUAUCGUUUCAUUUUUUUUUUUUUUUUGUUGUUUCUUUUUAUAUGCCUAUGUAUACAUAUGUAGACACAUUAAAACUUGUACAUUUUAAUAUAUAGAUGAACGAUUGAAUUGAAUUUAGAAAUGAAUUUUUUUUAUUUAUUUUUUUUUUCGUUUUUUGUUAUUCUUUGAUAUCUUCAAAAAUGCUGUAUUUCUAGUUUACGUAAUUAUGUGUUAUUUAAAGGAAUAAAUGUAUAAUAAUUAAUGAAAGCGCUCAUUCCGAUAAA